AUGCUUACAAGUAGCUCAAAUCUUCCCCAGAAAUCCCUUAAAAUCAAGCUUGAAUUUGAUGAUGAGAAUGAGAAUAAUAAUAAUAAUGAGCUCUUCUGCAAGCAUAAUCUAACCACAACCCAACCCUUCAUGGCUAGAUCUCUUGAGGAAAAUUACCAGGGAGGAUCUUCUGUUGCAGUUCCUUUCAUAUGGGAGUCUAGACCAGGAACCCCAAAGAUCAAAUUCAGAGAAAACCCUCUUCCUCCUCUAACUCCACCACCUUCUUACUUCUACACCUCAGCCAAAACACCCACUAAGAAGCACUCUAUACCUAAUCCUUUCAGUAAUAUCUUCUCCAAGCGCACUGCAAGAAGAAGAACAAGCUUCCCAGUUUCUCCUGCAUCUUCGUCUUCUUCUUCUUCAUAUUCGUCGCAGUUUUCUUCCCCAGCGACUGUGUUGAGGUCUCGAGAACGCCAUGAAAUGUCCAAUACAAGAAAAUCUUUUGAAUCAAGAAUGGUGGAUGAGCACGACUGCGAAUCGCCGGUUUCUACUUUGUGCUUUGGGAUUGGUCGCAGAGGAAAUGCUGCUAGGUCUCGAUGGGGUUAUGCAUCUGUGAUUAAGGUAUUGCUUAGAGAAGUUUAA